AUGUCAGAAACACAAAAACAUUUUGAUGUUGCUGAAGAUUCUGAAGAAUUUCUGUCUUUAAGUUUAGGAAGAGGAUCUUCAUCCAAAUCCCUAAAAAAGAAGGAAUAUGGAUGUAGAUUUUGUCACAGAAAAUUUCCGAGUUUUCAAGCUUUGGGAGGACACCAGAACGCUCAUAAGCGUGAAAAAUUGCUUUCAAAAAUGGAAAAUGAUUUUGAUAAUCUGUGUCCAUACUAUGUAGAGUCCCCUUUUCAUCAAGGAAUUGGAAAUCCAUCAUGGCCUCAAUUUACAAUGAUGAACAAUGAUGGUUGGGUUAAUCCAACUCCAAUGAAUAAUAAUGUGGGAUUUGGAAAUUAUUAUGAAGUUAAUAAUCAUAUGCAGAUUCCUCCAUUUGGUGCUGCUCUUAACAGUGUCUUAAUGGAAAAUAGCAAUCCUUAUGUCCCAAAUAACCAUCAAAUUUCAUCCUCAUUGCCUGAUUUGUGCCUUAGACUUUAG